AUGUACCAUAAUAUUAAAGAGAGCUUGGUCAGAUGUGAAAAAUACACGCAGCUUGGUUAUGGAGACAGACCUGAGCUCUCAAAAUUGUCCUUAGCAGUAGCUACAGCAGCUGCUACCAUUGCCACCUCAUCAACAAAUACAGCCCAGAACACAGUCACCAAAAGUGGUGUGUGUGCAGAUUAUAGUCACCACCAGCAAAAACUGACAAGGAGCAAACAUCUUCAUCCUGCUCACCACAGACAUUUGCAGACCAUAGAUGGCCUGGAAACCCAUGGAAAGAUAACGCCCACAAAUGCCAGACCCUCUGCCGCCUUAUCCCCAGCCUGCUCCAGUGGAAGAACACGGAGGGCUGCUAGGGGCUCCCUUACCCCACCUGUUCCCUCACCCGACUCCACUGAGCCAUCAGUGCCCAGAGCGCCCUCGCCACCUCCCAGCAGCUGCCUGCACCUCCGCCUUGAUCGGGACGGAGAAAGCAAAGGAGUCUGGACGGCUCAUGCCUUCCCUCUCCUGACAGUGGCCAGCCAAGUUCAGUAUUGGCCUUUUUCUGCUUCAGACUUAUAUAAUUGGAAAACCCAUAACCCACCCUUUUCCCAAGACCCUCAAGCCCUGAGGGGCUUGAUUGAAUCCAUCUUGCUAACCCACCAGCCCACCUGGGACGAUUGUCAGCAACUCUUACAGACCCUCCUUACUACAGACGAACGCCAGCGGGUGUUCCUAGAGGCUCGUAAAAAUGUUCCAGGACAAGAUGACAGACCAACACAGUUGCCAAAUGAGAUCGAUGAAGUGUUCCCUUUGACUCGCCCUAACUGGGACUUCAACACUGUUGCUGGUAGGAAGCGGCUCUGUCUUUAUUGCCAGGUUCUGUUGGCGGGUCUCAAAGGGGCAGGAAGUUGCCCCACUAAUUUGGCCAAGGUACGUGCGAUAGUGCAAGGUUCUGAGGAAAUGCCUGUGGGAUUUUUAGAAAGACUAAUGGAAGGGUACCGUAAUUAUACACCCUUUUACCCCUCUGCUGCAGACAGACAAUCCGAUGUCAUUAAGUCAUUUAUCGGGCAGUCGGCCACGGACAUUUGGACUAAGCUGCAGCGGUUGGAGGGGCUUCAGGGUACUAAAACGUCCUGGGUACAUGGAGCCACUGGAGGAAAACUGUAUCGGUGGACGACCGAGCAAAAAGUACAUCUCGGAACAGGGCUGGUCACACACUUGUUUCUCCUGGUCCCAGACUGCCCCUAUCCAUUGUUGGGGAGAGACCUCCUCUCAAAGGUAGGAGCCCAGAUCCAUUUUCAAGAAAAAGGGGCCUCUGUUAGGGGUCCCCAAGGACAGCCUCUCCAGGUCCUAACUUUAUGCCUGGAAGAUGAACAUCAUUUACAUGAAAGCCCCCAGUGGCCGAUCGACCCCCAGUGGUUGUCAGAUUUUCCCCAGGCUUGGGCGGAGAUGGCAGGAAUAGGGUUGGCUGCAAACCAGCCUCCUCUGGUCAUCGGACUUAAGGCCUCGGCUGUCCCGGUGAUGAUACGUCAGUAUCCACUAAGCAGGGAAGCUAAAAAUGGAAUUAGGCCACAAAUACAAAGACUGUUACAAUUGGGUAUCCUAAAACCCUACCAAUUCCCAUGGAACACUCCCUUAUUACCCGCCAAAAAACCCAGAAGGGGAGACUACCAUCCGGCGCAAGACUUGAGAGAAGUAAACCGGAGGGCUUAGGAGAUACAUCCUACAGUGCCUAACCCCUACAACUUGCUGAGUACGCUGCCUCCAAGUCGCACAUGGUAUACAGUGCUAGAUUUAAAGGAUGCCUUCUUUUGCAUGAGACUGAGCCCUCACAGUCAGCCGAUCUUCGCCUUUGAAUGGAGAGAUCCAGAGUCGGGUUUCUCAGGACAGCUCACCUGGACGAGAUUGCUGCAGGGAUUCAAAAACUGCCCGACCCUGUUUGAUGAGUCUCUACACCAGGACCUGGCUGAUUUCAGAGUCAACCUUCCCAAAUUCACCCUUCUACAGUAUGUAGAUGAUCUACUUCUAGCAGAUGAGACUGGAGAUGAUCAUCUAAAAGGUACUUGGGCCCUUUUAAAGAGACUGGGGGAGUUAGGGUAUAGAGCCUCAGCCAACAAGGCCCAAAUCUGUAUCCAACAAGUAACCUAUCUAGGCUACAAGCUAAAAGGAGGGCAGAGGUGGCUAACAGAGAGCUGCAAACAAGCCAUCACCCAGAUCCCUCUGCCCACAAGUGCUCGAACACUGAGGGAGUUCUUAGGGAGUGCUGGAUUUUGUUGCUUGUGGAUACCAGGGUUCGCUGAACUGACAGCUCCUCUGUACCCUCUUACCAAGGCUAAUACCCCAUUCCGAUGGGAAAAGGAACAACAACAGGCUUUUGAUCAAAUUAAAAAGGCCUUAUUGUCAGCUCCGGCCUUGGGCCUUCCGGAUGUGACCAAGCCCUUCACUCUAUAUGUGGAUGAGUGACAAAGAAUUGCAAAAGGAGUCCUGACCCAUAAAUUAGGGCCCUGGAAAAGACCAGUGGCCUAUUUCUCAAAAAUUGUGGCAGCUGGAUGGCCCCUAUGUCUUCCUAUUAUUGCAGCUGUGGCCGUGUUGGUAAAAGACUCUGAUAAGCUAACCUUGGGACAGCCCUUAACUGUGACGGCCCCCCAUGCUAUAGAGACAGUUAUUCGCCAGCCCCCUGACUGCUGGCUUUCAAAUGCCCGGAUCACUCAUUACCAAACAAUGCUAUUAAAUCCCGACCGAAUUCAGUUCGGGGCCCCACGCUCUCUCAACCCAGCAACCCUACUCCCGGACUCAGAUUCCCACCUCACCAUCGAACAUAAUUGCCAUCAAAUCCUGGCAGAGAUGCACGGAACCCAUGAGGACUUAACUGACUAGCCCCUACUGGACGCUAAACACACCUGGUAUACGGAUGGGAGCAGUUUCCUACAUAAUGGUGAGCGAAAAGCGGGGGUGGCAGUGGUGGAUGGGACCAUGGUCAUCUGGGCAUCGACCCUAGAGCCCGGAACAUCAGCGCAGAGGGCUGAACUCAUUGCCCUGACACAGGCGUUGACAAAGGCCCGGGAAAAGAAAGUUAAUAUCUACACAGACAGUCGGUAUGCCUUUGCUACGCAUGUCCAUGGAGAGAUCUAUAGGAGGCGAGGUCUGUUGACUUCAGCAGGAAAAGACAUUAAAAACAAAAAGAAAAUCUUAGACCUCUUACAAGCCCUUUUCCUGCCUAAAAAGGUAAGCAUCAUCCAUUGCCCAGGCCACCAAGUGGGGAGGGACCCUGUAGCGGCAGGAAACAGGAUGGCAGAUGAAACUGCUAAGGCAGCGGCCUUACAGAACCAAACCUUUGCUUUAGUCACAUCACAAGAAUGGCAGCCAAAAAAAAAAAAAACCUCUCUUCCAGAUGCGAAAAGGCUGGUCACCCACUUACACAGAUGGAGUCACUUGGGGUACAAAAAGUUGGAGACUAUGCUACAGAGAGAGGAACAGUUUCAUUACAUUCCAGAUCUGUCAAACAUAAUUAAACAGGUUAUAGACUCUUGUGUUCCCUGUGCCAAGGUUAAUGCAGGCCGAUUCCAAGCACCCGCUGGAGUCAGGAUGAGAGGCGAAUGGACCGGCACCAAUAGGGAGGUCGAUUUCACCAAAAUCAAGUCUGGCAAGUAUGGGGCUAAAUAUCUCCUAGUCUUUGUAGAUACCUUCUCUGGCUGGACGCAAGCCUUCCCCACAAAACCAGAGACAGCACAAGUAGUAGUCAAAAAGAUUUUGGAAGAGAUUUUUCCUCGAUUUGGGCUCCCUAAGGUAAUAGGGUCAGAUAAUGGCCCUGCUUUCGUCUCCCAGGUAAGUCAGAUGGUGGCCACGCUUUUGGGGAUAGAUUGGAAAUUACAUUGUGCUUAUAGACCCCAAAGUUCAGGACAGGUAGACCGGAUGUAUAGAACAAUCAAAGAGACCCUAACUAAAUUAGCCUUAGAAACUGGCACUAAAGAUUGGGUCCAACUCCUCCCCAUGGCUUUGUUUCGAGCUCGGAACACUCCAGCAAGCCAUGGACUGACCCCCUAUGAAAUCCUAUAUGGGGGGCCCCCUCCCAUAGCGGACUUCCUUGACCCUGCCAUUGAUUCUUUUGCAAAUACCCAAAGGUUACAGGCGCGGCUGCAAGCUCUGCAACUCAUCCAGAGACAAGUGUGGAAGCCUUUGGCCUUUGCCUACAGCACAGAGAGCUCCACUGUCGCACAUCCUUUCCAGAUUGGCGACGAGGUGUAUGUGAGGAGGCACCAAUCCAAGACCCUCGAAACAUGGUGGAAGGGCCCGUACAUUGUGCUGCUGACCACACCCACUGUGCUAAAGGUAGACAGAAUCGCCGCCUGGAUCCACGCCUCCCAAGUCAAGCGAAUGCCGCCUGAAGACAAAAAGAACCCCCCCCCCAGAGCCACUGAAAUGGAAGGUGCAGCGCACUCAAAACGCUCUCAAGAUAAGACUCUUAAAAACUGUUUAAUAUUCCUUGUUACUAUAAUUUUAAAAGCAGUGGAGGGACAAAAAGUCCACCCCCUGGGUGGGCACAAACCCACACUCUCUCUAUAA